ACUGGAUGGAUCCUUGGGGAGGCUAGCUACUGCUGAGCAUGCUGGGUGUCUCAGGACUUGUGCAGAUUUGCCAUGCUUGGGGCUGAUCUCAUUGCUUGACACUCUUUUUUGUUUGUUUGUUUGUUUGUUUUUGUCUUUAGCACCUCAGUGGAGGCUGUGAAGACACUUUUCUCCAUGCCCGGCUACUGGAAGGAAUUUGCCAGCAUCCACUUUCAUCGGGGUUGGGACAUGAUAGCCUCCCGAUAUCACUACUCACAGGGGGUUGGCCUGAUUGCAAGAGCCAUGAUCGAGUUUGAGAACCCUCAGCUCCCUGCAGUUUUCAGAGAGGCAAUCACCAUCGUCCAGAGUGGGAAGGAGGAGGAGCAGAGAACUAUCGCCCUGGCUUUCUGCACUGAGUUUCUCCAGAGUCCUUCCAUUGACACCAUCCUGACAAGAUCAGUCCUCCAGGCACAGCUCAUGGACUGGACCAAAGAUGCCAAUUCCAUCAUAUGGAGGCUCAGUCUGCGAGGCCUUGGCAGUAUUGUGUUCCAGCCAGAAAAGGUGCAAUUCUUACGGGCCCAGCUGCCAGCAAUCCUGGCUGUCUUUUGUGACAGGGGUGGAGGGCGUGUCCUGGAAGCCAUGCAUAAAGCUGCAGACAUCAUCCACCUCCUCAACAGGGAGGGGCUUGGCUCCAUCUCCCAGGAUAUUGCAGUCAGCCUUCGCCCCUUCAUUGAUGAUGAGAAGGGCAGUGUGCGCUCAGCUGCCAUUGUACUGCUUGGCAACGUGGUGAGCAGGGUGCAGGACCCCGACAAACCCUUGGUGCAGCAGGAAAUCAUCCACUGCUUGCUCCCCCUGCUGCUGCAUCUUGAAGACCAGGAGGAGAGUGUGAAACUGGCAUGUAAACUGACGCUCUUCCGCUGCGCAGUCUUCCUCAGGUGGGCUCAUUUGAAGACGCUCUUCCGCAGCAUGGCCUGGGAUGGCUCCUCACAGCUCUUGAAGUGUGUCUGGAUCUGCUUGAUGCAGAACAACGAGAGCCACAUCCCCAAAUUCCUGUUCCAGGCCUUACAGUACCUGGAAAGCUCACAGACAACAAUAAGACAUUCAGCAGCCCGAUUCAUUGGAAAUACUAUCCACCAUUACUGCGAUUUGUUGUCUGAAACCGUGAAUGAAGAUGGCAUCUCCCGCCUGUAUGAAGCUUUUCACGAAGUGCCUUUGAAAUCGGACAGGACUACGUGGUACAUCCUCAACAGAUAUUAUAAAUAUUUGCAGCAGCUUGAAAAUCUCGUGUUGGGUUCUGCAUUCGACUAGGGAACCGGGACCGACACCGAAGAGCUCUUUGUCCUGCUAUGACAUCGAGAGGCCAACAGCAGCCAAUCGAGCCCACCACUGAUCCCGUCUCUUGUGAGACGGCAAAGCAGCUUUGCAUGGGAAGGAGGAGACAGAAGAGGCCGAGCAGCAUGUGCCGGGCUGAACCAGCCACACAGAACCCCAUAGUCUAGGUGGAGAAAGCCAAGCCCCUCCCCAGCCCUGCCGGACAUGCUCCAACUGGAGCACCAGAGUGUAAGGGAGCAGCUCAGCUCACGCUAG